AUGCGGCGGUGGACCGCCGACGGUGUUGUGGUCUUCGGGCCCGUCGCCACAGGAUCUCGAAGGAGGCGGCUCGUUCUGAGGCUGAGCCAGAAGGACGCCCUGCAAGCGCUCUUUCAACAGAACCCCUACCCUGGGAUAGCGACCAGAGAACGGCUGGCCCGGGAGCUUGGCAUUGCCGAAAGCAGAGUUCAGGUCUGGUUCCAAAACCAACGCAGAAGACGGUUAAAGCAGAGCCGAUCGCCGUCUGAGCACGUGCACACGAAGGGGAAGCGGGGCCAACGUCCACAGGCCCGGAGAAAGAGGACAGUCAUCUCUCCUUCCCAAACAAGCAUCCUUGUGCAAGCCUUCACGAGGGAUCGCUUCCCGGUUGCCGCCAGGGAAGAACUGGCUCGUCAGACGGGAAUCCCAGAACCUCGAAUCCAGAUUUGGUUUCAAAACCGAAGAGCUCGGCACCCCCAGCAGAGGCCCGAGCGGGCCCGGCGGCGCAGCAGCCACGACUCCUCCUGCUCCAGAGGACCGAAGGGCCCCACCCGCUGUCCAGAGCACCGCUCCUCCCCUUCGCCCCUCCCCGCCACAGGAGAGCAUGCCACCCUCGGCGGCCGCAGCUGCUCCGUUUGGGGCCCCCGCCUUCUGGGUGCCCGGGACUGCCUCUGGGGUCCGUGCGGGCCCGCCGUUGAUGAUCUUCAUGGUCCAGCCCAGCCCGGUGGCUCUCCAGCCAAGCGGGAAGCCACCGCCUCCUGCCCAGGUAGCAGUUCCCUGGGCCGCGCGCUCCCCUGCGUCACGGCCCCCGGGCAGCCCGGGCAAGGGGCCAUCCUGCCGCCUGGACAGCCGGAGGCACCCAUCCCGCGCUGGCCGGGGUCACCCUACGGUGAAGGCGCGGCCCCUCCGCUAGAGCCCCAGCCCCAGCCCCGCAGCCUUCCAAGCUCGACGAGCCUCCUCGACGAGCUCUUGGCGGCCGCGGGCGUCCCCGGCCUCGCCGGGGCCUUCCCCGGGGGCCGCUGCCGGCCCACGCGGUGGACCCUGCCCUCCCAGGCGCACCCAGCCUCCUCGACGAGCUCUUGGCGGCCGCGGGCGUCCCCGCCUCGCCGGGGCCUUCCCGGGGCCCUCUGCCGUCGCAGCGCUCACCCAGCCUCCAAGUACGCGCUCCUGGCUGCCCCGGGCAUCCCAGGCUCGCCGGGUCCUUUCCCGGGGGUCCGCGCCUGUCGUCGCAGGGGCCCACCAGCCUUCCCCGGGUCACCCAGCCUCCUAGAGGAAAUCCUGGCUGCCACGGCCACCCGGGACACGCCCCUGGUCUCCUCCGGGGGCCCCUGCGGGGGACGAGGGGCUUGA